AUGGCAGGAUUAAUGGAUAAUCAAGCAGCAUUGGAUUUAUUAUUAACAGAAUUUUUUCAUGCACCAUAUUAUAUGUCAUCGUCGGCUCGCACACAAGAGAUACGAGAGAGAGCUAUAGAUUUAAACACACUUUUAAACGUUUAUUCACAAGCAACUUACGUUAAUGAUGAUUUUGAUGCCGAAGACUUUCGUAAAUGGUGGAAAUCUAGACAUCAUAAGGACUUUAGGGGAGCAAAAAAUAAUCGACCAAUUUCAUUUUUAAUAAUUUAUUCUUUAUAUAACGAAUGGAAAGAGCAUGGUGUACCAACGAGUAGAAGUAUAUGUGAGAAAUGUAAUGAAAGAAAUUUAAGUGAAAAUUUUUGCCUAACUUGCGUUGAAAGUGGUAGUAAGAGUGUUUGUCCAAAAUGUUAUCCAAAUCUUGAAAUACCUUUACAAAAAUUUUGUAUCGGACAUUGGUUACAAAAAGAUGAAUGGACAUCUAAUAAUAAAUUAUUAGAUGAGUGCAUUCGUGCCACUCAGAUUAAACAAGAGUCGGAUCAAAUUUAUGGGGAAGUUUCCGUACCACAAUUUGUUCGCCGUCAUAGAAAUCAUUCCGGAAGGUCGUCUUCGUCAAGGGAUAGUGAAGCAAAAUCUCGUGAAGUUCGGGCUAAGCAUGAAUUCGUUUCUUUUCCUUCAAAUUUUUUGGAAUGGAUUCCUUUUGAACAAUUUAAGGAUGUUCAAGUCAUUGGGGAAGGUGUAUUUGGCGUUGUCUUUUCAGCUACAUGGUCAAACGGUCCUAAUUGGGGAUGGGAUCAAGAAUCAAAUCAAUAUUUCAGAGAAGGAGAAAAGCAAGUUGCGUUGAAAAGGUUAUUUAAUUCUGAUAAGGACGUUACCACAUUAAUACGAGAGAGUUUAACGUGGAAAUCAAGAUUGGAAACGCUCUUGGAAAUAAUUGAAGGUUUAAAUAAAAUUCAUUUGGAAGGUGAAAGAGAUUCUACAGAAUUUGAAGAAGCCGAAAAUGCUCGUCAAAUGAAAAUGAAUAUUGAGAAACCUGUCAUCAUCUCACAUCCUGAUGCUAUUUAUCAAACUAAAUUUUUAAGUUUUACAAAUUUACCCGCACCAAAAAAUUUAAUUUAA